AUGGCGCACGACGACUCCAGACGGCGCAGCGAACGCCCGCGCCGCUCCACUGGGGGCUCCGAAGCUUACUUUCAGCCGCCUCAACGUGCAAGGCGAGAGUUUACACGCCGCGAUUUCCUCAAUGAGAGCGGAGACGAAUUUGUCAACCGCCGGGAGUCCAAUGAUGAAGCUGAGCCGGUGAUACUUCGCAGCCGUGUCACUAGAUCGCCCCCUGCCCCCCAAUUGCAGCAACGACGAGCCUUUGCCAGAGACAGCUCAGGGGUUGAGGCCGCCAUCACGGAGUCUCCUACUGCUCUUCAUCAUGCGGCCUCUUCAGAUGAAGAUGAUCGGGUUGCGCGGUUUAGGAGGCGUAGAGAUGACGACGAACAAUUCGACUCUCGCAUCAGGGAGGAAGUCAUCAUCGAGAGACGGGAAGAGCCGCGCUCGGUACGAUAUAUCGAUGCCGAGGGAGAUGGAUAUCGUGUCCAUCGUCCCGUGAGCCCCAUCAUUGAAGACAUUGAUGCGUUUGACGACUUUCACUUUGUCUUUCCAGCAGAGGACCCAUCAAAGGAUGCAGAGCUGUCUGACCUGGACACCCCAACAACUGAGAGCGAAUCGACACAAAAAAUCGAACGUCCCCUUUCAAAUGUCAUCACUGCCCCUGGGAUUUAUUCUUCCAGCUACUCUGGAACAGCAGAGCUUGGGGCUCAACACGAUGUGAAUUUGACACUUCUACACGACCCUAGAGGCAAAAAGCAGCCUCUGUUCCGAUGGUUACAUAUUCGCCAAGACAUAAUGAACUUUGACGCAUUCUGGGUCCAAGUAUCGCAACAAUUCCACUUUCGCGAUGCUGAAAGAAAGGCAGUGGUUAACCUGCAGGCCGAAGUUAAGCGGCAAUGCGUCAAGACCCGAUACAAUCCCCAAGGUGCAAAAGUAGGUUACAUGGAGCCUCGAUGCAUCCAGACUUCGAUACAAUCGUCCAAUAAGAAACCAUCCGAGGACUCACAUGCCGCCAAUUGGAUCUGCAUCCCGUAUUUCCAUCUGCAGCAAUAUUCUGCAGCCCCCUCAACUUCGAAUACGGCACUUUUCCCGGCCCAGACUUUGCUCCAAUCCCAAUACUCUCGCAGUGGCCAGCAGAGAGACAUGGACCAAGCAGUGUGCCAGAUUGGGCAAGUUCCGCGGGGGGAAUGUUUUCACAUCUCGCAAUUGUGGUGCCUUAUUGUCGGCAAUAUUGACAUGGCUGAGUGGUUCCAGGCCUUCAUCUCCCACUUUCGUGCCUUUUGGCCGCGGAAGCUCGAGUUUUGGCGCAAAGAUCACCUGUUAACAGCGGGAAACUGGGCCAAAAUCUUGAACCUAGCCGAGGGACAACGCGGCGAUGUGAGGUUGAAAUUGAAGAUUGCAGAUGCACCCGACCUGCUACGAACAUUUCUGAAGCCGGAUGCAACAUCCAACAAGGCAUCUGAAAAGCGCCCCCAGCAUUCAGCAGCUGCACCAGAAUACCUGCACGUUUUCACACUUUUGUCGAAAAGUGCAGAUUCAUCCAGCGAUUCCGUUCUCAAGGACCUUCAGGAACAACUAUCGGCGGCCGAGAAGUUCAUGACAGAAAAGACUUCUUACACGGCACAGCGAGGAUACAAGAGAUGCGAACUUAUGACGAGAGACGGUGUGAAUGGCCAACUCGAGAAACUAGCGGCUCGUAUCGAAGAGAAGAAGAGCGAUACAGUCCGCCGCUCAUAUGAGGAAAGGCUUGACGUCUUCAAUAUGGCGGGCACGUUGUUUCAAUUAUUCUUCCCUCUCUCAUUCCAUGGCCCUACCACGGGCAAAUACUGGGGUGCUCUGAGCAAGCUGAUGGAGAUGCCUGAACUGGACGAAGAUGAUGAUGUUCGGGUGAUUUCAUCUCCGGUUUCAGAAAUCAGAAACACUCUCUGGCAGUUGACCCAGGACAUACACUCGUUUCAAAAUCUCAUGUCCUUUGCGGGCAAGGAAGAUCGCGCCGCCAUGGAACUGCCUCAUGAACUUGUGACUGCGUGGCUGCACAUUGUUUUCGGCCUGAUUUAUGGCACCUAUGCGCUCGACUGGUACAACCACAUGACAAAGGCAAAAUCACUGCUAAAAGAUGGGAUGCAGAAAAUGGUUGAAAGCAUUUCCGGCCAAAAUCUCUUGGACAAGGCUGUCAUGCAGCCAACAGAGGUCAUGUCCCUCAUAGCACUCAACCUCCUGCAUGACGACGUGGGCAAGUAUGAUGAUAUUUGCGAUACAUACUCGCUCUAUCUCAAUUCCUUGGAUACAGACAUUACUACAAAGGCUCCCAGUCGGACGUAUGAGCAUCGUAUUGAUCUGGUCAACCAAGAAAUGACUGCCAUUAAACGAAAUUUAUCAAGGCAGAAAAAUAUAAUAGCUAUGCUGAGAAACAAAACCAGCAUCACGGACGGAAACUUCAUGGUACGAUAUGGGGAGGAAUUGCCGGCACGUAUGAGGGGAGAGUUUGGCGGUAUGAAACGCGGAGUUCUUAGACCUCAAUAUUAUGAGGCUGCGGUUGACAGAACCGUCGGACGCGUCGUAUACGACCGAGGCAAAUUUGACGCUCAGUUUAUGAACGACCUCGAGACGGCUUCCAAUCUGUCGUCGACGGACAGGGGAGGGUUUCGGAGCCUCUUUCUCGCUGACUGCGCCAACCUGGUUGACCAGAGAGAAUACGAAUUCCGGCGAAACACAGAGUAUGCGGAGGACCUGGAGCGGGAGAUUACGUACAAGAUGGAGUGGACCAAGGACAGGCAAGAGAACGCCAUCUACGCCUUCACCUUGGUCACCAUCAUCUUUUUGCCGCUGAGCGCCAUCUCGAGCAUCUUUGGCAUGAACACCAACGACAUCCGCAACAUGGACUUUGACCAGUGGCUGUAUUGGGUAGUGGCCUUGCCCGUCACGGUCAUCAUCAUCAUUGCCGGCCUAUGGUGGAUGGACGAGCUCAGCAACGCAACGGACUGGCUCAUUGGCAAACGCUGGCGCUCCUCAAAGGGGGCCUCGAGUUCAUAUGGGUCGAGCAUGGAUUAUGACUCGACGAGCCGUGCCAGCGAGGACAUGCCGGGUGUCUACCGUCGAGCUCGAUAUUCACGUCCGACUGCGCGGAAAUAUGUGAAUAAUAUCGAGGUUCCCGUUUCUAGUAUGCCGCCGCCGCGAAGACGGAGGACUUCGUUUUACAAGUAUUGA